AUGGCAUCCUCGUACCAAACGCUUCGAGACCGGCAAGUAGCGUCAAUCGAACGCAUACUCAGUCUCAACCACGUCCCUCAAGAGUCCUCCGACCUCCAACAUGACCACUCCUCCGCAAAUGGCCUGAUACCGCAAUCCACACCCAUCCUGAGCUCGGACGGCGAGCCGAUAUGGAAAGUGCUCGUCUUCGACAACCUUGGGCGAGAUGUUAUCAGCAGUGUGCUCAGAGUCAAUGACUUGCGAGGUUGGGGAAUCACAAUACAUCUAAACAUCAACGGCCAACGGCAUGCCAUACCCGAUGUGCCCGUCGUAUACCUCGUCGAGCCCACGGCGGCGAAUCUGGAGUACAUCACACAGGACCUUCAGAAGGGGCUGUAUUCUCCGGCGUACAUCAACUUUCUGUCCUCGAUAUCUAGGCCGCUGCUAGAAGACUUUGCGGCCCAAACAGCACAGGCGGGGACGUCAGAGAGCAUCAGCCAGGUGUACGACCAGUACCUGAACUUCAUCGUCAGCGAACCGAACCUGUUCAGUCUGGGCACGGGCAAGGAGACGUACUGGACGAUGAAUAGCGCACAGACAAGUGACGAAGACAUUGACACGAAUGUUGAUCGGAUCGUCAGUGGUCUGUUCAGCGUUUCGGUGACGAUGGGCACAAUACCCAUCAUUCGAUGUCCAAAAGGCGGCGCUGCUGAGAUGAUCGCGGCCAAGCUGGACCGGAAACUGAGAGACCACAUUUUGAACGCCAAAGACAAUCUCUUUUCUGGAAGCAAAUCCGCAGGCGGGCAGAACCCGGCUUCUUCACGUCCAGUCCUAAUCAUUGUGGACCGGAAUGUCGACCUAGUACCAAUGCUCUCACACUCAUGGACAUAUCAAUCCCUCAUCCACGAUGUACUCAACAUGCACCUCAAUCGGAUUACCGUGGAGACACCAGCAGAAGAAGGCAAUCCCGCGAAAGGCAACGUCAAGCGAUCGUACGACCUCACCUCGAACGACUUCUUCUGGACCAAGAACGCCAGCGUACCCUUCCCACAAGUGGCAGAAGACAUCGACGCCGAACUCACUCGCUACAAGGACGACGCCGCAGACAUCACCAAGAAGACCGGCGCCAACUCGAUUGAAGACCUCCAGAACGACACGAGCGCAUCCGCUCAACACCUCAAAGCAGCCAUCACCUUACUACCCGAACUCCGUGAACGCAAAGCACUCCUGGAUAUGCAUAUGAACAUCGCCACUGCUCUCCUCAAAGGCAUUAAAGACCGCCAGCUCGACAACUUCUUCCAGCUCGAGGAGGACAUCAAAAAGCAGACCAAGCAACAAAUGUUCGACCUGCUGUCUGACUCCGACAAAGGCAACGAGCCACGAGAUAAACUCCGCAUCUUCAUUAUCUGGUUUCUCAGCACUGAACAAGAAGUCUCGCGAGCGGACAUGGACCGCUUCGAGGAGCUGCUCAAGAAGGCGGAGGUAGAUACCCUACCCCUAACCUACAUCCGCCGCGUCCGUGAAAUCACCCGCAUGACCAUGAUAUCCUCCGCCCCGACCCAACAGCAACCACAGCAAACCUCAGCCUCUGCCGACCUCUUCCGCGGCUUCUCCUCCAUCUCCUCUCGCCUCACCGAUCGCUUUAAGGACGCUGGCCUUGGUGCCAACUUCGACAACCUAAUAUCCGGCGUCAAGAACUUUCUGCCCGCUAACAAAGAUCUCACCCUCACCAAGAUCACCGAAUCGCUCAUGGAUCCCUCAAACGCCUCUACCAGCGCUCUGCAGAAAACCGAAGGAUUCCUCUACUUCGACCCACGCUCCGCCAACGCUCGCGGGACUAUGCCGCCUUCUGCCAAAGACGCUCGCAGCGGGACAGCACAGAGUCGGGGCAUUGAAGCGAGUUUUGGGCAGAGGAGGCAAGGCUUUAGCGAGGCGAUCGUAUUUUCUGUCGGCGGAGGGAGUAUGGACGAGUACGGUAAUUUGCAGGACUGGGCGCAGCGGACGAGUGGUGGAGCGAGCGCUGGACAGGCGGGUGCUGCCGGGAGGAAGAGGGUGGUGUAUGGGAGUACGGAGAUUAUGAGUGCGGAGAGCUUUUUGGGUGUACUGGGGAGGUUGGGGAGGGAGAGUGGGUAG